AAAACCAAGCCAUAUUGAGUGGCCAUAGGCAAACGAACAAAACCCGCCACAUUUCACAUCCCAAAAAGAAAAGGAAGCAAAGCCAAAACAAGCGCAGAGAUCAGUUCGAAAAGAGGUGAACUCUCAUGGCGUCUAUGCUGCUCUCUCAAUCCAAUCUAUCUCCGAAUCCUCUCUCUCGUUCUUUCAGCUUCCUCUCUAAGUCUCAAACUUUCCAUUUCAGAAGUAUCAGAAGGAGCUUUCCCUCGAGAAGAAGCCACCAAUCUCUCUGUUUCUCAGUCUCAGCUUCUUCAGCCUCUCUCGAAGCUCUAAUCUUCGACUGUGAUGGAGUAAUACUAGAAUCGGAGCACCUCCACCGCCAAGCUUACAACGAUGCUUUUGCUCAUUUCAAUGUUCGCUGCACUUCCGAUCAGACUCUUAUUUGGGCUCCUGAUUUCUAUGACGUGCUCCAGAAUCGUAUUGGUGGCGGCAAACCUAAAAUGCGAUGGUACUUCAAGGAGCAUGGAUGGCCGUCUUCAACAAUAUUCGAGACGCCUCCUGAGGAUGAUGAGAGCCGCGCCAAUUUAAUCGAUACCCUUCAGGACUGGAAAACUGAAAGGUAUAAGGAAAUAAUCAAAUCUGGAACUGUGCAACCUCGACCUGGAGUCUUGCAAUUGAUGGAUGAGGCCAAGGCUGCUGGAAAGAAGCUAGCUGUUUGUUCUGCAGCAACUAAAAGUUCAGUUAUACUUUGCCUUGAGAACCUUAUAGGAAUGGAACGGUUUCAAGGUCUUGACUGCUUCCUUGCAGGUGAUGAUGUAAAGGAAAAGAAGCCUGAUCCUUCAAUUUAUGUGACAGCUUCCAAGAAGCUAGGUGUGUCUGAGAAAGAUUGCUUGGUGGUGGAGGAUAGUGUCAUUGGUCUACAGGCUGCAACAAAAGCUGGGAUGUCAUGUGUGAUUACUUAUACAUCAUCAACAGCCGACCAGGAUUUUAAAGAUGCCAUAGCAAUGUACCCUGAUCUGAGUAAUGUUAGAUUAAAAGACCUGGAGUUAUUGCUUCAAAAUGUUGUUGCUGCCAGUUAGAGAGAUUCAGCAUAUUGCUGGGAAGAAAUAUCAAGAAUUUUGCAGCUUUUAUGAAAUUCUAAAUGUUUGCCAUUUUGAAAUUAUUACCUGAAGGUAUUCUUUUUCCCUAUAAAAGAAGGUAUUAAUUUUUUA